AUGGCGGUGGUAUUGAGCUCGGACCGGCUCGAGGUCUCGGUGGACGGGCUGACGCUGAGCCCCAACGCUGAGGUGCCGCACUGUGAGGCGCGGCCAGGGCAGGGGGAGUCCGCGGCAGGGCGGAGCCGAGCGGGCCCCAGUUCCCCCGGUCCGGUGGAGGCCGGCGGCGAGGCGGCGGAGGAGGCGGCGCUGAGCCCGGAGCGGCGCUGGGGCUUCGCUCUGGAGGAGCUGUACAGCUUGGCGCUGCGCUUCUUUAAAGAAAAAGAUGGCAAAGCCUUUCAUCCAACAUAUGAAGAAAAGCUCAAACUCGUGGCACUGCACAAGCAGGUCCUGCUGGGACCUUACAACCCUGACACUUGCCCUGAAGUUGGAUUCUUUGAUGUGCUGGGUAAUGAUAGAAGGAAGGAAUGGGCUGCCCUUGGAAACAUGUCAAAGCAAAAAGCUAUGACAGAAUUUGUUAAGCUUCUGAAUAGGUGCUGCCACUUGUUUUCAACAUAUGUCACUUCCCACAAGAUAGAGAAAGAAGAACAAGAAAAGAGAAGAAGAGAAGAGGAAGAACGAAGGCGGCGUGAAGAGGAGGAGCGCGAGCGCUUGCAGAAAGAGGAAGAGAAACGCAGGCGAGAAGAGGAGGAAAGGCUGAGGAGGGAAGAAGAGGAGAGGAGGAGAGUAGAGGAGGAACGACUUCGGAUGGAGCAGCAGAAGCAGCAGAUCAUGGCGGCACUGAACUCUCAGACCGCCAUCCAGUUCCAGCAGUACGCAGCCCAGCAGUAUCCGGGCAACUACGAGCAGCAGCAGAUCCUCAUUCGGCAGCUCCAGGAGCAGCAUUACCAACAGUACAUGCAGCAGUUGUAUCAAGUCCAGCUUGCACAGCAACAGGCAGCCUUACAAAAGCAGCAGGAGGCAGUUGUGGCAGCAACAGGGACUCCUCUGACCGCUACAUCGAAGGUGAAUGCGCCUGCCCCAGGGGACACCCCAUCUAUUAAUGGGCAGGCCAGUACACAUGCAGACAGCCCUGAAAAAGAGCUGGAUCCAGAGGCUUUAGAAGAAGCCCUAGAGAAUGGACCAAAAGAUUCUGUUCCUGUGAUAGCUGCCCCAUCAAUGUGGACACGACCCCAGAUAAAAGACUUCAAGGAAAAGAUCCGUCAGGAUGCAGACUCCGUGAUCACAGUGGGCCGAGGAGAAGUGGUUACAGUUAGAGUCCCAACUCAUGAGGAGGGCUCUUACCUCUUCUGGGAGUUUGCUACAGACAAUUAUGACAUUGGUUUUGGGGUGUAUUUUGAAUGGACAGACUCCCCUAACACUGCAGUCAGCGUGCAUGUCAGUGAAUCCAGUGAUGAUGAGGAUGAAGAAGAAGAAAAUGCUAGCAGUGAAGAAAAAGCCAAAAAGAAUGCCAACAAGCCUCAGCUAGAUGAAAUAGUGCCUGUGUACAGACGAGACUGUCACGAAGAAGUGUAUGCUGGCAGCCACCAGUACCCAGGGAGAGGAGUUUAUCUUCUGAAAUUUGACAACUCCUACUCCCUAUGGAGGUCAAAAACAGUUUACUACAGAGUUUAUUAUACUAGAUAAAGGUAUGGCUGUGUCUGAGGCUGGGCUGUGCAGAAGAUGUCAUUUUUAUUUGGAAUUUUUCUUCAAGCAUAAUGGAUCCUUUUGAGUCUGUGUUUUCUCUUGUCUGUAUCUGUAUGGUUUGUGUGAACUUUAACAAGUAGACACUGGGAUCUUCCUGCUCCCUGACACUAAUGCAUAUUGCAUUGGGUUUAACACAGGAUCUCCCUAGCCCUUUUUAGCCACUGGAGCUAACCCGUGGAAGUCGUUGGUUCCAGUGGUAAGGUCACAUCAGUUGCAUUUGUUUAAAACCUCCUGAAAAAAAAGGGAGAGGGAGUUGCUGGCUCACUGGCUGUGGGUGAUCUGCUACUUCCAGGUUCUGGAUGCUUUGAAUAACUCCUUAACAGUUAAAUUUCAAGGUCCCAUCAGUAACUGGUAGAUUUGGAUGCAGUUCUGCUGUGUAGCAAGUUUCUCAUAACUGUAACCGAGUGUCACAUUUUUACACCAUUAAAACUUGAAACUUUUUGAGUUGAUGCAGUUUAGUAACAAGUUGUCUGGCUUCUGUCCUCUUCAAAGACGAAACAUUCAGCUCCUUAAAGCAGUGUAGUGGCUAAGGAUGAACAGCAUCCUGAAACCUCUUCUGAAGAUGUCAAGUGACCGAUAAUUAAAUGUAACAAGAACAACCUUAAUCUCUCUGCCCUGAUGCUAACCCUAGAAUAAUUAAAGAGUUUCUCUUUUGUUUGGUUGGACUCUCCUGAGGCAAGUGACUUUGGAGCAGGGCACAAGCUGUUUCUAAGUUUGGUGAGUUUAUAAUGGGGUAGACUUUAAAAAAACAAUAGUAAUUUUUUUACCAAGUGUCUAAAAACCUGAGAGCAGUUUUCUGCACAAUGUUCUGCUUUGCCUGUGUUUGUAAAACCUUGAAUUGAGCACAUUGUGCAUCUGAAGAACUUGGAUGAAGAAUUGGAGUCAGUGCUGCACCGAUGAUGGAGAUCACUGCCAGUCCAUUUUAUUCUGAA